AAUCGUUUUUGUUUAAAACCUUCUGCCAAGCAAAACUUCAUUCCACACCGACUUGAAUCGCCAGACCUGUUGGGAAAAAAAUGGUGCUAAUCGAGCAAGAAGGGAAUGAAGAAAUCGUUGUUAACGUUAGAAAUCCUCCGAAAGCGCCACAACCAUCAUCGUCAACGGCAACGAAAACUACUGAUUCAAGGGACGAUUCGGCAGCGGCAGCAUCGGCAACUAUUAAUGGGGACGCCUCUGAUGGCUUUGAAACGGCCAGUGAAGGAGAUGCAGAAGAAGCUAAAGGCACUCCUGAAGACCAACAACCGGGGCAGCAAGAAGAGCAAUCAAAGGAUGAUUCCUCCGAAAUUCUUGCAAACGAAGACGAAUUGAAGCAGAAAGCAUUGGCACAGGCAAAUGAUGCAAAAUUAGAAGGCAAUAAGCUGUUUGGAGACAGUCAAUAUGAGGGAGCAUUAUCACAAUAUGAGUUUGCUUUGCAAGUUGCACCGGAGAUGCCCUCAUCCGUGGAAUUGCGUUCAAUAUGCCAUUCAAAUCGUGCAAUUUGUUUCAUGAAACUAGGAAAAUAUGAAGAUGCUAUAAAGGAAUGCGCUAAAGCGCUGGAACUCAACCCUACCUAUAUGAAGGCUUUGAUUAGAAGAGGAGAGGCUCAUGAAAAGCUUGAACACUUUGAAGAAGCGAUUUCUGAUAUGAAGAAGAUUUUGGAAUUGGAUCCUUUAAAUGAGCAAGCUCGGAGAGCCAUUCAUAGGUUGGAGCCUCUUGCCGCGGAGAAGCGAGAGAAGAUGAAGGAAGAGAUGAUUGGAAAGCUGAAGGACUUGGGCAACUCAGUGUUGGGACGCUUUGGGAUGAGCAUCGAUAAUUUCAAAGCUGUUAAAGAUCCAAACACUGGCUCCUAUUCAGUUCAAUUCCAACGUUAAGUUGGUCAUUUGUGGUCCUUUCUUCAAUUAAAGAAACAAUACAAGGACUAUAGCUAUGGAGACGGAGAUGCGUGAAUAGGAUAUUGUUUUCGCAGCAGUCAUGAUCACUUGUAAAAUGCUGCAGAAUGGAUUUACUCUUCAAACUUGAUAAGAAGGUCAUCUCCUAUUUUGAGGAUUACAUGUUGCUGUUGUGAAAUGACUUGUAUAUUGAUUACUGAAUAUUUAUUGCUUGUUUAAAGGUUUUUUUUAAUUGCUCUUUCACCUUUC